UUCGUUUUGUAGGCAAGGAUGUCGAAAGUGCCCUCGAUCACUUCCUUGUGCAGAACGACACGCAACACUCGCAUCGCUGCCUCCUCCUCCUCCUAUUGCUCGUAAUAUAUCGUCGGGAAUUGGACCUCUGUGAAUCAUUCACUAUUCUCGUCAUCUUUUAUUCCCAGUAAAAAAGAAAAAAAGAAAACUGUUUUUCUAAAGUUCUUUUAAAAGCCUUUCCAAUUCUGAAUAAUGAAGGAAUUCGCGGUGCCGCCGGUGGUGUUCCCUUCCGGCGGAAACCCCGCGGCAGGAAGUGGUGUCCAGCAACGGCGAGUUGCGACGGCGCCAUUUCAGCCUCAACGACCUUCGGGAUCCAGCAUCCCCUUCAUGUCUUUCGACAUUGGGUCCGCAACGGCCUCCACCUCCUCCGCCUCGAUCUACGGUGGGCCUAUUGGCGGCGGAAGCGGCGCACCCGGAGGCGCGGUCUUUGAGGACGAGGAGCCGUUGCUGGACGAACUCGGGAUCCACCCGGACCAAAUCUGGACGAAAACUAAGGCGAUCCUCAACCCAUUUCGGGUUAACCCGGCCCUUCACAAGGACUCGGACCUGUCCGGACCGAUUCUUCUCUACAUGUUCCUCUGCCUCUUCCAGCUACUCGCCGGGAAGAUCCAGUUUGGCGUCAUACUAGGCUGGAUCGUCGUCUCCUCCAUCUUCCUCUACGUGGUGUUCAACAUGCUGGCCGGAAGGAACGGUAAUCUCGAUCUGCACACUUGUACGGGCGUGGUCGGCUACUGCAUGCUUCCCUUGGUGAUCUUCUCUGCGGUGUCGCUGUUCGUGCCGCAAGUUGGCGCGGUCCGGUUCGUCAUCGCCGCGGUCUUCGUGUUCUGGGCGACGAGGGUCUGCACGGGUCUCAUGGUCGCUCUCGCCGAUGGCGGCGACGAACAUCGAGGACUGAUAGCGUAUGCUUGUUUAUUGAUUUACACUCUGUUCUCGCUGCUUGUUAUAUUCUAGUGAGAAAUGGUGUCCGGUGAUUGGAAAUUGAAAAUUUUGGUUUAAUAGAACACGUGUUCUUUGUAGAUGUAGUUUUUAUUUUUGCCUAUCAUCCACAUGAAUCUAAAUGCUAUAAUUAGAAUGCAUUUUAUGUCGUAGAAAAUGGAGAUGAUACUUGUAAAUGAAUUUGUCUGAGGUUUUUAGGUAUAAAUUUCUGGUGUGUUAUUGUCGAA